CCAUAGGGGGAGUCGAAAAGUAAGAUGGCGGCGCCCAUUUAGCCAAGAGAGGUGCGUGAGGCGUGAGUGACAGCUCGUCUUCCUUCUUUUGUGUGCAGGGCUGCUGAUACAUGCUGCAGAAUGUGGUUCCUUUACCAAAGGGUCUUCACCUGUCCCUCAUGUUCAACAAGACAAUUAAAUGGAUCGCUGGGCUGGAUUAAAUGGCAGAAGAGGCUAGCUCCAGUAUUCAUCAGAUCUAUUUAUAGUGAAACAGGAAAGUGGGAAAAAAACUAUGAAUUGGAGACUAGGAAGAAAAUUGAAAGUUGGUGGCAUUCAAGAAUAAAGGAACAGUUUAACCAAACUGCAGAAAUAGAUAAAUCAAGACCAAAGUUUUAUGUCCUGUCAAUGUUUCCAUAUCCAUCUGGAAAGCUGCACAUGGGCCAUGUACGAGUCUACGCCAUAAGUGAUACAAUAGCACGCUUUCAGAAAAUGAGAGGAUUACAGGUGAUAAAUCCAAUGGGAUGGGAUGCGUUUGGAUUACCCGCAGAGAAUGCAGCAGUCGAACGCGGAUUGCAUCCGGCAAACUGGACGCAAAGUAAUGUUCAACACAUGCGAGAACAGCUUGAUGCAUUAGGCUUGUCUUUUAGCUGGGAUCGGGAAAUAACUACUUGUUUGCCAGAGUACUAUAAGUGGACGCAAUAUUUGUUUAUUAAACUUUAUGAAGCUGGAUUAGUCUACCAGAAGGAAGCAGUAGUUAACUGGGACCCCGUGGACAAGACAGUUCUCGCUAAUGAACAGGUGGAUGAAAAUGGCUGCUCAUGGCGUUCAGGAGCAAAAGUGGAAAAGAAAUACCUCAAACAGUGGUUCAUUAAAACAUCUGCCUAUGCAAAGGCCAUGUUUGAUGGUUUGUCAGAUCUCCCCAAGUGGUAUGGAAUAAAGGAGAUGCAAGCCAAUUGGCUUGGGGAGUGCGUUGGAUGCUAUUUUGAGUUUAUGUUAAAGAUCAAUAACAAACCAACGGGAGAGAAGAUAGCAGCCUAUGCAUAUGCACCUGAAGCCAUUUAUGGCGCAUCCCACUUAUAUAUCUUAUCUGACCAUAGACUAUUACACGGAAAUAGCUGUCUACGGGAAGUCUUCCAGAAGGAGUUCAUCCCAGGCAAAGAUUCUCUUACUUCAGUGACAGCUAUGAAUUUGCUUACCAAUCAGGAGGUUCCUGUUGUCAUAUCAGCAAAAUCUGAGCUUGAAGGCUUCCUCGAUACUAAAAUAGGAAUCCCUUGCUUGAGACCAGAUGAUGCUGACGUUGCCAGGAAUUUGGGUCUGACUUUUGAAGAAGUAAUUGAAACUCUGCCAGACGGCUCAGAGAGACUGAUUAAUUCUGGAGAGUUCACAGGUAUGAGUAGACAACAGGCGCUAAACGCCAUCACUCAACAAGCCCAAAAUAAAGGAGUAGGAGGACACCUCACAAGCAAUAAAUUAAAAGAUUGGCUAGUCUCACGACAGCGUUACUGGGGGACACCUAUUCCAAUCGUUCACUGCCAGAACUGUGGUCCUGUUCCUGUACCUUACAAGGACUUACCUGUGCAGUUGCCCAAUAUAACAUCUUUUACAGGAAAGGGCGGCUCGCCUUUAGCUUCUGCGUCACGCUGGGUAAACUGCUCGUGUCCAAGAUGCAAGGAGCCUGCAAAGCGGGAAACAGACACCAUGGAUACAUUUGUUGAUUCAGCGUGGUAUUAUUUAAGGUACACUGAUCCCCACAACUCUGAGAGGCCUUUCCAAAAAGACUUGGCAGACCACUGGAUGCCUGUGGAUCUGUACAUUGGAGGAAAGGAGCAUGCAGUGAUGCAUCUGUACUAUGCCAGGUUCUUCAGCCAUUUUUGCCAUAAUCAAAAGAUGACUAAACACAGAGAGCCUUUUUAUAAGCUCUUGGUUCAAGGCCUUAUCAAGAAUAGGACGUUCAGGCUAGCAACAACUGGCAAGUAUUUGAAGAGAGAAGAAAUUGAUCUUACUGGUCCUGAACCGGUUCACGUGAAAACCAAAGAGAAGCUGCAAGUGAUGUGGGAAAAAAUGAGUAAAUCCAAGCACAACGGUAUAGAACCUGAAGAAAUAGUCCAGAAAUAUGGAAUUGAUACAACUCGACUCUACAUCCUGUUUUCUGCCCCUCCAGAGCAAGACAUUUUGUGGGAUGCAAAGACUGAUGCACUCCCUGGGGUGCAAAGAUGGCAAUCUCGCCUCUGGCACUUAGCAACCAGAUUUAUUGAAGCUAGGAAUUCUGGAAUUGUGCCCAGUCCUCAGCUACUGAAACAGAAUGAGAAAACUGAAGCCAAACGUAUCUGGGAGCAAAAGAACUUCACCGUUUCUGAGGUAACGGAAUACUUCCUGAAGGAUUAUUUGUUUAAUGCUGCAAUUUCUCGGCUGAUGGGCUUCAGUAAUACGCUGUCACAAGCCUCCCAACAGCUCGUCCUCCACAGUGCAGAAUUUGAAGAUGCUCUGGCAACGCUCUCAGUUCUGCUUGCCCCAAUGGCCCCACACCUCAGCUCAGAGAUCUGGAAAGGCUUGUCUCAUGUUCAGAACAAACUUUGUACUCAUCACCACUGGGAUAUGGAAGUACUGCAGCAGCCCUGGCCUACACUGGACCCAGAAUAUGUUCAGAAGCCAGAUAUUGUGGAAGUGUCAGUUCUGAUUAACAACAAACCCUGUGGUAAAGUUGGUGUACCUCAGGAAGUAGCCCGAGAUGCCGAAGCGGUUCGUGAACUGGUUGUUCAAAGUAAGCUGGGAACGGAAUAUCUUCAAGGACGUACAGUUACAAAGUUCUUCUUGUCUCCUCGAACUGCCCUCAUUAACUUCCUCGUCCAGGAAUAAUGGGAAGAGCUGUUUAACUGGUUGAGCAAAUUCAUCAAGAGAAGAAGUCUUUAUUUCAGAGCAAACAAGUAAAACAAAAAUACUACCUGGGAGCAGAAAAUUGAAAGGGCUGGAAGAAGAAAGAUCUAAAGGGGAGGGGUGAAUCAGUGAACAGUAAAUUGUAUAAAAUCAGUGACUAUGUGCAGUUCUACAGAUAUUUCUCUGGAAAUCAUGUAGAAAAACUAACUUUUAUUGACGUUGCAAGAUGUGAGCAAAGUGUUGCAAUAUUUGGUGCAGGAUUUAUCAGGAUAUUCUUAUUUCUCUAAUUGAAAUUGCUGUUGUUGCAACACUGCAAUGCUGUUCUUAAAAUAUGUAUAAAGAAGCAAGACCUUUUUAGUAGUUCGUUCCUGAAAAUAAUGUGUGCUAGUAAAUCCAGCAUUCCUUUUCCUAGUUUUACUGAUGGCAUUCAGAUUUGUUCAGCAGAGUAAAGUCAUAACAAUUUUUUCCCCAAAAAAAACUUUUGUUGCAUUUUUCACCAAUUCCCACCGAGCUCACCAACAUAGCACAAGGAAAUGAAAAUGACUUCUAAGUAGGGGAAAAAAUCUUAAAUUAUCACUUCCUUGUUUCAAAGGAACAAACUGGUAAUAGAUCAAGUCCAGGCACUGCAGCGUUGCCAAGGGACAGCCAUACAUGCCAGUCCUAGUCUUUUGUUUAACUCUGAUUCUCACACAGCUUUAGACAUUGGACAAGAAUGGAAGUUGUUAUCUUGUCAGUGCAAUUUAUAAUCUGGAAAUAAAAAAUGAGGUGCC